AUGUCGACUUCCAACCCAAGUGCAGAUGGUCAAUCUGAAGUUGGGCAAGUCUUUGAACAAUUCCAAAGUUAUAUUGAUACACGAUUAAGCAAUCUCGAGAAUUCUUUACAAUCGGCGAACCAUGAUCAACCUGAAACGAACGACAUUCAAGCGUCGAAUAAGAAAUUGCAGCGAGAGGCAGACGCCUUAAAGUUUAAGUAUAAGGCGAACGCCAAACAGUUUAUCUAUAAUGCUAAAGUCGACGAUUUGGUUGGUUCCACAGUAGAACAUCUCGAGAAAGAAAAUCCUAGUUGUGAGCAGGCGUUGGAAUCCGCUAAAAAAGCUUUGGUAUUGAUACAGAAGCGCCAGCCAAGAUGA